AUGAUGCCCCGGCAUCAAGCGAGCGGUUUUUCCAAUGGAUAUCCGCGUGAAAAGACCUUUGACCUUUCUCCACACAGGUUUGCCUCCGACCGAUAGCUGUUUCCCUGCCUCGACUGUCGCUAACUUGGUUCUCCUACCAGCUUCCAACCUCGCACAUCCAUCGCAGCCCAACGACAGCGCAAACGAUUAUUGAUUCGACUCGGCAUCGUAUUCUUCGUCGUGAUUCUAAUUACAUUAUGGGUUUGGCCCAAGAGUGCUUUCGCCUCGAUCUUGUCGCUGGGCCUACUCGGCGCAUCGUCAGAAUUAGAGCUGGAGACAGUGCGAUACUACGAUUUAACAAAUGUGCAAGGCACAGCACGGGGAUGGGAGCGCGAAGAGCGUAUCCUCUUGUGUGUUCCACUACGCGACGCUGAACCACAUCUUUCAAUGUUCUUCUCCCACCUGCGAAACUUUACAUACCCGCACCACCUCAUCGACCUCGCCUUCCUUGUCUCAGAUUCGAAAGACCGGACCCUCGAAGUUCUGUCAGACAACCUAGAACAAAUCCAGGCAGACUCUGAUCCGAAACAACCAUACGGAGAGGUCUCCAUUAUCGAGAAAGACUUCGGUCAAGAGGUCAACCAGGAUGUCGAAAGCCGUCACGGAUUCGCCGCGCAGGCGAGCCGAAGAAAGCUGAUGGCCAAAGCUCGGAACUGGCUUCUAAGCGCCGCCCUUCGUCCUUACCAUUCAUGGGUGUAUUGGCGAGAUGUGGAUGUCGAGACCGCGCCGUUUACGAUUCUCGAGGACCUCAUGCGACACAACAAGGAUGUCAUUGUUCCAAGCACGUAUUUCCUCUAUACCUCCGGCAAACCUGUAGAGCUAACAAUUUUGCAGAUGUUUGGCGACCCCUUCCCGAUUGGCUUGGUGGUGAACAGCCGUACGACUUGAACUCAUGGCAAGAAUCCGAGACCGCCCUCGCGCUUGCAGACACCUUGGACGAAGAUGCCGUCAUCGUCGAGGGCUACGCCGAGUACGCCACAUGGCGACCACAUUUGGCCUACCUUCGGGACCCCUACGGCGACCCGGACAUGGAAAUGGAGAUCGACGGCGUCGGCGGUGUCAGUAUUCUUGCCAAGGCCAAGGUCUUCCGAACUGGCGUCCAUUUCCCCGCCUUCAGCUUCCAGAAGCAUGCCGAAACCGAGGGUUUCGGAAAGGUGCGUGUCUCAUACCAAUUUGCGAAAUCCGAAAAUAUACUGAUGCACUUUUAGAUGGCCAAGCGCAUGAAGUAUUCUGUCGUUGGCCUUCCCCACUACGUUAUUUGGCAUCUUUACGAGCCCAGCGUUGAUGAUAUCAAGCAUAUGGAAGUACGUGUUCGAACUAUAGCAUCGACUGCCUCGGCCAAUGUACUAACUAAAGUCCCUAGGAGAUGGAACAGGAGCGGAUCGCGCGGGAAAAGGAGGAGGAAGAGAAGAAGGCGAAGGCGGCAAAACUCAAGGAGCAGUUUGGUGAUGGGGCUGACACUUGGGAACAAGACAAACAAGAGCUGAAGGAGCUAAAAGAUAAAGCAGCUGAAGAGGAGAAGCGACGAGUCAAGGAGGAGAAAGCAAAGGUCGCCCAACUAAAGCAGAACACCAACAAGGAGAAGCUCGCUACCGAAGACGAGAAGGCCACAACCAACCAGGGCAAGCCCAAAGCCAAACAGGAGAAGUCACAGGCCAAACAAGAGGAAUCUGAGGUUGUUGACGAGAAGCCUGCAACCAACAAGGGCAAAUCAAAGGCUAAGCAAGAGCAGUCUGAGGUUGAUGAGAAGCCCAGGGCUAAUCGGGAAAAGCCCAAGGCCAGUCGACAGAAGCCCAAGCCCAAGCAGGAAAAAGCGGCUCAAGCGGAAGCCGAGGAUGA